AUGGACUCAGGGUUCUAUCAUUCCUACUCACUUGGCCAGUCAUCAACAGAGUCGUCAAACGUAAGCAAUACUUCGGCCGAGACAGCGCGAACAACUCUUCCAGCGCACAACAUCGACGAAACCCUCACAACAGCUGGUUUCGUAUCAUUUGCUUGCCACGUUGCCUUCCUGGAGGAGAGGCUGCGUCGUGGAAAUGACACCAAAUUCUUUGAUGGUCAUGAGAUACAGACGGCAGCACGCUUUCCAGCUGGAGGUGGUGGCUUCUUUACUGUUGACCGGGCGAGGUUGACAAAUCAACCUACUGAUGGCAGGGAGAUUGUUGCAAUCAAGACUGCCCGGGAUCAGUCCGGGGACCCCUCGAGGUGGAAGGACAUUCUACUUGAAGUACGAGCCUUGCUCCAUGAGCCUUUGCGAUAUCAUCCCAACAUUGUGCACCUGCUCGACUUUGGAUGGUCACAUUCUUCGGAAACCGGGUCGCCUUUUCCAACUCUUGUCCUCGAGUACGCCGACUUUGGUACCCUCGACGAUCUCCAACUCAAGAGCGAGUCACCGCUACCCUUUCGGAUCAAGCAAAAGCUCUGCUACAAUGUCGGUCGUGGCCUGUCAAUUCUUCACGCCUGUGGUAUAGUUCACGGUGAUUUGAAACACAAUAACAUCCUCGUGUUUAGAAACAGAGAGGAGUAUCCCCCUGAUCAGCCAUACACAGCCAAGCUUGCAGACUUUGGUGGAGCUAUUAUGGAUAUUGGACGAGACGGUGGCCAUUCUUUACGGAUGACGACUGUUCCAUACGACGCACCUGAAUCAGGGCAGGCACUUACUGUUGAUGGUAUUAAAGCCACCGACACGUAUUCGUUCGGAAUGCUGAUUUGGAGAACCUUCAUCGACUGCCAGGACCUGUUGGUCGCCAUCGGUUUCAAACAGGCCUCUAUACCCUUGUCCGGCGACGAGAGGGCAACACUGAAACAACUCAAGAGAUCCGAGUCUUUUCUUCAAAUGGCUCUUGGAACAGUAGAAGCAUACGGUCAAUCACGAUCCUUGCCUGGAGAGGCGGUCGACAUGGUUACGGACGCGAUGAAUGCGACACUCACCCUCAACCCAACCUCACGAUCUCUAGUCCAGGCUCAGGCCAGGUUACGAGGCAUGUCGAGAGAACAAGUCGAAGAUUACACAUUCGCUCUUGAACGCGAGAAUGCCAGUCGAAAGGAGAUGGACCGAAACCGCAUUCCAGGCCAGCGUGCCAUCGACAUUGACAGCGUGGGCUAUGCCCUUGGCCGGUUUGGCCGGACUUAUGACGCUCAGCAGAACCUCCCAGGAUGUCGACCAGAUCUCCCGGCCCCUGCCCUUGGUGGGUUUAUGUUUGAUCCAUUCAAGCUCAAAAAUCUUCUAGACUGGUCUCAGCAAGUUGCGAUGGUGAGAGAGCUGGAACAACUUGCUGAGUCACGGUCGUUCGAGGAGGAAUCGGCCGAGAUUCAGCCCUGGACGGCGUCAUACCACCUCUUCCAAGCAUGCCUGAGCGGGUUUGGGAUGCCUAUCAACCUCGAAAGAGCCUGCCAUUGGCUAUGCAAAGCAUCCAAGGCGGAUUUCGAAUGCGCAGAUACUGAUUAUUUGGCCAAGGCCUGGCUGACCAGACUUUGCCACGCAGCGGGCGUGGCUUGUCCGUUGACUCCAGAUGAACAGGUUGACGACUUGUUCUGGAGCAUCAUCCGCGGGCAUCGGCAUUGCAUUGAGGACACCACAGCUGUGCAGUCACGCAUUAGACAGGCAGUCUCGGUCAACAGGGAGUUGACGGGCGGAACUGGCAUGCCACAUUAUGCACCCCGCAUGAUGAGUCGUACAUGGGAUCUAUUCAACUUUGAAGCUCUGGAUGAGGAUAUCCGGAUGGAACUCGGUCGCGAGUAUGAGUCUUGUCUUCGGUCUACGAAUGAAUCCCAAGAAGAAUCAGAGACAUCCAGAUUUGACAAGAUAUACGUCAACAAGCGUGGCCAUGGCCUUCUUCACUACGCCGCCGCUGUCGGCAACGUCAACGCUCUCAGACAUCUACUGAGCAAGUACAGAUGCAACAUCAACUUGCCAAACCAGUCAUUCUCCGAAACUCCCUUAGUCUGCGCCUGUAGAGCCGGACAGUACGACUGCGCCAAGUUCCUCCUUGAAAACGGUGCCGACCCCAACGGCUCAGGCUCUGGCCAAGAAGCGCCCCUCCACUGGAUCUCCAGGUUCGGGAGAGCCGAGAUGCGACUCACUACGAAGCGUCUUGUCGACGCUGGGGCAGACAUGUCGAGGAUGACUGAUACGAUGAGGAAAGACGUUCGCCGGAUCUUUUCCGACUGGGAAGACAGGCUGAACUUACCCCUGACGCCGCUAGGUCGGGCUGUUCUGAAUAACAGCUUGACUGCCGUCAAGACUUUGCUCGAAAUUGGCUCGGCGGAUCCUAUGGAGAAGGCCACUCGAAAAGAGGCUGUGAACUUGUCAGCCAUUGAGCUUGCGGCCCUACUGACGCUUCCUGAAAUUCUACAAGAGCUUCUCAACUAUCAAGACGGUAGAGGUGGCCAGGUCAAGGUGCUUGAUGAGUUGGAUGUGCUCGACAUGGCGCGCGACAUGUCCGACAAGGGGGCAGCAGACCCCUUGACACUUCACAGCAGACUUGUGCGUUGUGGAGCACGCUACAAAGAAUGGCUUUCCUGUACCCUCAGGAUUCUUCACAACCGACGUAAAAGCCAGGAUUCAGGUUCACAGAGUCAAUCAGCUUGGAUGCUAAAGAGUGCAAGAUGUUUAUGCAGGGAAGUUGAGCUGGGCAACCUUGAUAUCGUUCAAGCCCUCCUUGACCUGGGCCAUGAUAUCAACGGUUUACCAGGCCAUCGCCCAUUGACUACAGCUGUCCGAUCGAACAACAAAGACAUGUUCGAGUUGCUCGUCUCCCACGGCGCCAAGCUAUCUUUUGGCGACAAGGAAGAGUCGCUUCUUCAAACUUUUGCUGCAAAGCCACGAACAUCUCCAGACAAUUUGCUCAUAGCAAGGUUCUUGAUUGAAAAUCUAGUCCCAGUUGAAGCAACAGAUGGAGAAAGACCUUCGCCCCUCGCAUCAGCUAUCAAGAACGGUUACUUCCCCCUCGCCGACCUCCUCUUGGCCAACGGUGCUGGUGAGAGUGUGAACCGCUUUUACCAGUGGGAACCCACAGGAGGCUUUAUGUCUGUUCUAGGGAUCCUUUUGCAGUCUCACACUUACUCCUCACUACUGGCGACUGAGUAUUUGGCAAAGAAGCACGAAGAGGGUGUUAUAACCUUGGAACCGCUCGUGGACUUGACGAAAGAGCUCAGUGUCGUGCAUACGCUUGCUCUACACGAUCCAGGCCGGAUGAAUUCUCGGCAGCAAAUAUCCUCACGAAUCAUUCACCGAAUACUCGAGCUAUUCCCCGCGCCUGAAAGCUUGAAAGAGCAUUCUCUUCAUCAAGAGCACGGAACUCCCCUCACAGCGGCAAUCAUGACUGUCAACGUCGAUGUCGUGUCGGCACUUUUGGAAUCAGACUAUCAGAGCGACCUCAACAAGAUGGUCAAGCUGCCAUCGCUACCAUCAAGCCUUGGCAUGUCAGAUGGCGCGUUGCCCAUCGCAUUGGUGUUUGCAAGAUUUGCACAGAGCGUCCAGGUUUUUCUCGCACAGACCACGAUGAACCAGGACAUAUAUGAUGAGCUCAAGAACAUAGAAAGGCUUGGAUACACGCUCUUCAACACGGCAUCAAGUCUACAGCAUGAGGGCACCUCGGUGGAUACUCAGUUGGACCCCACUUCAUUACCACAGAGCUGGCAACAGCUGCACGCCCUCAUACUGACAAAGAAGUUUCAAAUGGAGCACAAGCCACAGUUGCAGAAGGACAUGUCUAAUCUUUCAUUGGGUGAUGCAGAUGGAGGGUCAGAAUCUGAUAAACAUGAGAGCAAUUCUGAUGAAAUGCCUGUUAGUCUUGCUCAACUGACCAAGGACAAGAGUAGGAAUUGGUGGGACACACCUGAUGAGUAG